GAAGUGAUGGCUGGAUGUUGUGCGUCGGCGGACAAUAAGGAGAACCAGAGGAUCAACGAGGAGAUCGAGAAGCAGCUGCGCAGAGACAAGAAGGACUCGCGCCGGGAGCUGAAGCUGCUGCUGUUAGGUACUGGAGAGAGUGGAAAGAGCACCUUCAUCAAACAGAUGAGGAUUAUACACGGAGGAGGAUUCACAGCUGAGGACAAGAAGAACUACAUCAAACUGGUUUACCAGAACAUCUACACGUCCAUGCAGACGAUGAUCCGAGCCAUGGAGACACUCCAAAUACCCUUCGCUGAUCCCCAGAACAAGGGCCCUGCAAACUCCAUCCUGGAGUUGGAGGUGGACAAGGUGGAGGAUUUGGAUGAAGCAAUGGCGACGGCCAUCAAGAAUCUGUGGACCGAUAAAGGAAUACAGGAUUGCUACGACCGCCGCAGAGAGUACCAGCUGUCAGACUCCACCAAAUACUAUCUCACCGACCUGGAUCGAAUCUCUCAGCCGUCCUACGUGCCCGACCUUCAGGACAUCCUCAGAGUCCGAGUGCCGACCACAGGUAUCAUCGAAUACCCGUUUGACAUGGAGAACGUCAUUUUCAGGAUGGUGGAUGUGGGGGGUCAGAGGUCAGAGCGGAGAAAGUGGAUCCACUGCUUUGAGAACGUCACCUCCAUCAUCUUCCUGGUGGCGCUCAGCGAGUACGACCAGGUCCUGGUGGAGUGUGACAACGAGAACCGGAUGGAGGAGAGCAAGGCCCUGUUCAAAACCAUCAUCACCUACCCAUGGUUCCAGCGCUCCUCCAUCAUACUUUUCCUGAACAAGACUGACAUCCUGAAGGAGAAGAUCAUUCACUCUCACUUAUCCACUUACUUCCCUGAAUUCACAGGACCUCAGCAGGAUAUUGGAGCAGCUCAAGAUUUCAUCCUGAAGAUGUACCAAGAACAAAACCCGGACAAGGACAAGACUCUGUACCCUCACUUCACCUGCGCCACAGACACAGAAAACAUCCGCUUCGUCUUCGUCGCCGUCAAAGACACCAUCCUCAGACACAACCUGAAGGAGUUCAACCUGGUGUAA